CUGACAGCCGAGGGAGAGAGCUCGGUGGAUACAGGCGGGCUCUCUGCGGCUCCCUCCGGCUCUGUAAGCGUUGCGCGCUGCCUCGGGAGAUGCGCCCCCGCGGAUUUUGAGCCCCGACUGCGCCAAGAUGACGGUGGAGUUCGAGGAGUGCAUCAAGGAUUCGCCCCGAUUCCGGGCGACCAUAGAUGAAGUCGAAACCGAUGUCGUGGAAAUUGAAGCCAAGCUUGAUAAGCUGGUGAAGCUAUGCAGCAACAUGAUAGACGCUGGGAAGGCGUACAUCAUCACCAAUAAGCAGUUUGUAUGUGGGGUGCGGGACCUCUCUCAGCAAUGUAAGAAGGACGAAAUGAUCUCGGAAUGCCUGGACAAGUUCGGCGACAGCCUGCAGGAGAUGGUGAACUACCACAUGAUCCUUUUCGACCAAGCUCAGAGGUCUGUCCGGCAACAGCUGCACAAUUUUGUGAAGGAUGAUGUCCGGAAAUUCAAAGAGACCAAGAAGCAGUUUGACAAAGUGCGAGAGGAUAUGGAGAUCGCGUUGGUGAAGAAUGCCCAGGCCCCGCGGCAUAAGCCCCACGAGGUCGAGGAAGCGACUGGCACUCUGACCAUCACCAGGAAGUGUUUCCGGCACUUGGCCCUGGAUUACGUCUUGCAGAUCAACGUCCUCCAGGCCAAGAAGAAAUUUGAAAUCCUAGACGCGAUGCUCUCCUUCAUGCAUGCCCAGUACACCUUCUUCCAGCAAGGUUACAGCCUCCUUCACGAACUGGACCCCUAUAUGAAGAAACUGGCUACUGAGUUGGACCAAUUGGUGAUCGACUCGGCCGUGGAGAAGAGAGAGAUGGAACACAAACACGCGCUUAUCCAACAACGGACUCUUCUACAGGAUUUCUCCUACGAUGACUCCAAAGUGGAAUUCAAUGUCGAUGCCCCCAAUGGGGUGGUAAUGGAAGGGUAUCUCUUCAAGAGAGCCAGUAAUGCAUUCAAGACCUGGAACCGGAGGUGGUUUUCCAUACAGAACAGCCAGCUGGUAUACCAGAAGAAGCUAAAGGACGUCCUCACGGUGGUGGUGGAAGACCUCAGGCUUUGUACAGUCAAGCCCUGUGAAGAUAUUGAGAGGAGAUUCUGCUUUGAGGUGGUCUCACCCACCAAGAGCUGCAUCCUGCAAGCCGAUUCGGAGAAACUGCGCCAGGCCUGGAUCCAGGCCGUCCAAGCUAGCAUCGCUUCGGCGUAUCGGGAGAGCCCCGACAGCUGCUACAUCGAAAGACUGGACCGAACCGCCUCUCCUUCCACCAGCAGCAUCGACUCGGCCACCGAUUCGCGGGACCGCAGCUCGAAGGGCGAGACCAUCCUGCAGAGGGUGCAGGGCAUCCCUGGCAACGACCAGUGUUGUGACUGUGGGCAAGCCGACCCCCGCUGGGCUAGCAUCAAUUUGGGCAUCCUGCUAUGCAUUGAGUGCUCAGGGAUACACAGGAGCUUGGGAGUUCAUUGUUCGAAAGUGCGGUCGCUGACGCUGGAUUCCUGGGAACCGGAAUUACUGAAGCUGAUGUGUGAGCUGGGGAACAGCACCAUGAACCAGAUCUACGAGGCGCAGUGUGAGGAGCUGGGACUGAAGAAACCCACAGCGGGCAGUUCGAGGCAGGACAAAGAAGCCUGGAUCAAAGUCAAGUACGUCGAGAAGAAGUUCUUGAAGAAGCUGCCCACCGGGGAGGCCCUGGCCGAGAACGAGAGGAAACCCCGGCGCUGGAGCGUGAAGAAGUGCCAGAGGCGUAACAGCUCCACAAAAGCGCCCACGGCACGCCGGAAGUAUCGACAUGAAGCGGGGAAUGCAUCACCGGCAGCGCACCCGUCAGCUGCUACCCUGGAAUGGAAGUUCCGCCGGGAUUCCCUCUUCUGCCCCGAUGAGCUGGACUCUCUUUUCUCGUACUUCGACACCGGCGCUGGGGCUGGCGGUGGGCCACGCAGUGGCAACCACAUCUCUGUGCCGCACCCCCUAGCAGCCGGCACCUGGAGUGAGAGUGGCAAUGGUCCCGCAGGCAGCGGUUCACCAUUCCUCCUGGACGGAGGUCUGAGCAGCGAUAGCGGUCUGGGUGGAAGCACAGAUGGCAGCACGGACGUCCUAGUGUUUGGGUCGGUGGUGGAUAGCGUCACGGAGGAAGAGUGCGAAGUGUCUGAAGAUUCCAGCGGAGAGGCCGAACAAGAGGCCUCGGAUCUGGAGGACCUGAGGGAGCUGCACCCUGGCUUGCUAGUUUACAAGGCGUCACGGGCCCGGAACCUGCCUGUCAUGGCAGAGGCCCUGGCCCACGGCGCAGAUGUCAACUGGGUGAACGAUGAGGAUGAGAACAAAACCCCGUUGAUUCAAGCUGUGAUGGGGGGCUCCUUGAUAGCCUGUGAAUUCUUGCUCCAGAAUGGAGCAGACGUUAACCAAAGAGAUAUCCGAGGGCGUGCGCCUCUGCACCAUGCCACAUAUUUGGGACACACUGGCCAGGUCUGCUUGUUCCUAAAGCGGGGAGCCAACCAGCAUGCAGUUGACGAGGAUGGGCAGGACCCUCUCAGCAUCGCGGUCCAGGCUGCUAACGCAGACAUUGUGACCUUGCUGCGUCUGGCUCGAAUGAACGAAGAAAUGCGUGAAGCUGAGGGGCCAUUUGGUCAUCCAGGAGACGCAACCUAUCUCGACAUCUUCCGGGAAUUUUCUCACAUGGCGUCCAACAACCCGGAAAAACUCAACCGUCGCAGUUUAUACUUCAGUCACUCUUACAGAUAGCCUUGGCCACAACGCCAUCCAUGUCUCCUCUUCUCCUGAGGGUAGGAUCUCCACGCUUCAGGAAAAGUGUCAAGAAGACAGGCCAUGUACGAAGCGGAAGGGGCAGGUGGCAAAUUAAGACUGGUCCAUCCGAGACGUGGAUGCUUGCUUCUACGCAGUGUCUAGUCACAGGAUAUGCAUGGAUUACAUCUUCCCCUUCCCAACCCAGAACCAAAUGGCCUUGGGUUUUUACCCAGAAUGCUCUCCAACCUCUGGAAAAACCCUAAUGAAUAUGGCAUUAGGGGCUGCAAAGAAGUCCACCAAAGUUACUAGUCCUUAUUUAAAACUAGACCUGCAAGGGGGGGGGAGGGGGAAACCCAGCCAAAAAUCCUGCUGCUCUUCUAGAACUUUCCUCCCAGGUUGCCUUGAGACUCGCCUUGCUGGCCACACCUGGUGAAUGCCUGCUUUACACGCUUGCGGCCCGACAGGGGAUAUCCAUUGCUUGGAAAUGCAGAGCUGGUUCCAAGGAAGUGCAGCCAAAUUUUGAAUGCAUGACUCCCACGUCCUGUGAAUGAAUGUGACCUUCAAGAUGAACAUUAUAUCCACCAUUUUUCUCUCUCUCUCUCUCUGUCUCUCUCUCUCUCACACACACACAGGCUUGACUUUUGCUUGCUUGUUCUAUUAUUCUUUGGUCUGUUCUUCGGUUCGUUCUUUGCCUUGGUGAAACAGAGCAUUAGAAGGGGACUCCUGUCCCCCCAUAUUGGAAAAAUGGCAGGUGUGCUAUUUUCACCCCUUUGCAGUGCUUGUGAAGCCAUGCAAGGUGAAUGGCAAAAAAAGAGCUUCUCUUCCACACAACUUGUAACUCUUUGGGGAGACCUUUGGAGGGCAGGUGAAGUGACCCUACAGCUUCUGCGGGCCGGGAGCAAGUAGGGGCUUGGCGUCUCCCUCAUCAACUUCCCACACCUCUCUGAGGAGAGUCCCUUCCUUCGGAACCUCUCCAACUGCUGCCUUAAUUCACCCAGCUGAACAGUCAUGGGGUUAAUGAAGAAAACGAGAGCAACCUGUGCAGAAAAAAAAUAAAAACCAAAGUGGACAACCUCCUUAGCCCCGUUUUCCAUCCUAGGUGCAACAGCUCCGUGCAUAACUUGCACCUUGAUGCCGGGAUCGACUAAAAGCCCUCCGGAAUCUUGCCUGCCCCGUUGCCUAGCAACGUAAUGGAUCGGGCCUACUCCUGUGGGCAUGCCUCCGCCAUUUUCUUUCCCUGACAUGCUCUCCCAUUGAGUGGGCAGCUGAGGAGAAAUUCCAUGCCCUGGUCUAAUUUUUAGGUUUAUUCGCCAAGCGAUUUCCUCACCCCUGUUUUUAUUUCUAACGUGCCCAUUUUAGGCAAAUGCAUUUUAGGCAAAUUUUAGGCAAAUUCCUAAAAUGUCAGCCAGGAACUGUGAAACUGCACUUGUGAGGCCCACCAGAAACCAUGAGGGUCAACCCCAACCCCGCAGCCCUGCUGGAAACUAUAGGCUGCAUCCACUGCUUGACCCCCAAACCAAUUCAGGACAUUGCCCUCAAGCCUGAACUUUUUGUCACAAGACACCCGUAACCCCAGACUACAAUGGCAGGCAGACUUGGGGGUGGCGACCCCCAAGGAAAAGCAACACCUGUUGGAUUUCUGCCUGCCAUGAGGCACGGUUAAAAAUACACAAUAUUUUUAUGACACCACACUGCCUUCAUAAUAUUCUAACAGCCCUGCGAUAGUACUAGACAAGCACUUAAUUUCCCUGUUGCAGAUGAAUUGCAGGGCGAAUCCGGCAGAAGGCCUUCAGGUGAAUUUAGGCUGGAUUCGAACCAAGGAUUCUCGGCUCACAGCUUCCAUUGUUAACCACUAUGGUCUUAGCACCCCUUGCCGGCAAAGAAGGUGGCACUGCCACCCCAUGGAAAUUGCUAUGAAUUAGUUUUUCUUCUGGACGGAGAGUGAGAGGAAGGGUCUUCCAGCCACGAACUGUGGUCAAACUAAACACAGAAAAGCCCCUUUUCCUAAAAAAAACAUUUCAUAAGAUCUCUACCGUUUGCCUUCCUUUUGCUUUGAUUGUGGGUGUCCCGAUGCCUAAAACCUCUCUAUUUCUCUCUCUCUUAAAAAGCAUGGCUUGGUUCUUAUUAUAUUAUUAUUAUUAUUAUUAUUAUUUUAAAAUGUACUAUGGUUUCAUAAUUACAGAAUGCACUCACGGGAGACCCUGUACUGGUACAGACCUCGCUGUGAUUGCCUGCCGUUGAACCUGUAUAGAAUCCUUGUUUAUAUGCUGAUAUGUAAUAUAUCUUUGGGCAAGAGAAACAUAUUUUUUAAAUGCAGUGACAGGAGGGCAGAGGGAAGGAAGCUGUGAGGGAAAACCUUACUUACAAGAUUUUAAAUAAAGAUGAUGAGAGAGA